GUGAAAAUUAUAAUAAUUACAAAUAUAAAUUUGUAAACUAAUAUUAUAUUACAUAAUGGACGUUAAUAUGUAUAUUAAUGCACCGCUGGUUCUGGAGAAAAUAUGCAGAGCAUGUCUAAUGGAAAAAGGAGAUAUGAAACCCUUGUUUGGAACUUGUUUAGACGAAAUGUUAAUGUCUUUUGCUAAUAUAAAGGUUUCAACAGAAGACGGUUUACCUAACUUAAUUUGUCGACAGUGUGUACUGCAAAUCAGCCGGGCUUUUGCUUUUAAACAGCAGUGCGAAAGAUCUGAUAAUAUUAUUAGGAAUUAUGUCUCUGAAGACUUUCAGAAACGUUUGGUGGAAGCUCAGAAUGAGCUCGAACAGCAAGCACAAAUGGAAGUAAAUCAAAGACUGCAAGAAGAUGAUCAAGUCACUGAAAAUGUCCUGGAGACUAUUCCUGAAAACGAGGAGUAUCAACAGACUAUGGACAAUGGUGUUCUUGUUAGUAGCAAUGUUAAAUUAGAAAUUGAAGGGCUUGAUCUUAGUGCACAACUUGAUCCUAAUACACAUGUUAUUUUACAACAUGCUGAUUUGAAUAGCGAAAGUUUCACUUAUACGACAGAGAGUGGUGCUGAUGUUCAAAUGAUUGUCAGUGUGAAACCGGUUCAUUUCACAGAAAUUACAGAAAACAGCACACAAGAUGUUCAUUGUACUUUAGAAGACGCUUUAGCCUUAUCAACAAAUGUAGAAACUCUAGAAGAAAAUAACGUUACAGCUAUAUUAUCUGAUAAAAAUUAUUAUUGUCCUGAAUGUGCGAAAGGCUUUUGCAACCCUACAGACUUAAAGGUUCAUAUGAUGAGUCACAUUCCAAAAACUGCAGAAAAAACAGGUCACACUUGCGGUGUCUGUGGCAAAGUUUUUCCUGAGGCCAGGAUUUUAAAAAGGCAUUUAAAAAUACACAUGGAGACCAAACCGCACGUUUGUGAUAUUUGUCAUAAGACUUUUGCAGAAAGUUCGAAUCUCACUAAACACAAGAAAAGACAUACUGGUGAACUUAGGAAUGUUGUCGGGAAACCGCACCUUUGUUCAGCUUGUGGUCGUGGUUUCAAAUGGGCAAGUUCUCUAUCGAAGCAUAUGAAAUACCAUACAGGACAUAAAUUGUUUUCAUGUAAUAUUUGCAAUAAGAAAUAUGUUGAAGCGAGGUCUCUAAGUAUACAUAUAAGGUCGCAUACAGGAGAAAAGCCUUAUAUUUGUAGCGUCUGCAAUAAAGGUUUCACCCAACUAUGCAACCUCGAAAAGCACCUCCGUGUCCACACAGGUGAAAAACCUUACCUCUGUCCGGUCUGCGGCAAAGGUUUCACACAAUCCGGUUACAUCCCCGUGCACAUGAGGACUCACACAGGGGAGCGCCCUUAUGUCUGCAAUGUGUGCGGAAAAGCCUUCUCGGGGGCCAAUUCUUUAGUCAUUCAUAUGCGAACACACACUGGGGAGCGCCCGUUCGCUUGUAACAUGUGCGGAAAAGCAUUCUCUAGGCAGGAGACUCUGACGAUACAUCAGAGAAGUCACACGGGGGAAAAGCCGCACAAGUGUACUAUCUGUAAUAGAGCCUUUACGAGUUCGAGCCAUCUUUCUGGUCACAUGAGAUCACACACGGGAGUUAAGCCUCAUGCUUGUACUGUUUGCAACAAGAGAUUUGUAGGAAGCAGCAGUCUUAAGGUUCAUAUGAGGUUACACACCGGUGAAAAGCCUUUCGUCUGUACAACUUGCAACAAAUCAUUCACCCAAGGAUCAGCCUUAACAGCACACAUUGCAACACACACAAUGCCAGUUGAAAGUGUCCAAGUUUUAAGUAAAGAAGAACUUUCUGCAAUGUAAAUAAUAAUAUUGAAGAUAAAUGUUGUUCAUGGGAUAAUGUGCAUUUAUGUUUUAUUUAAGG